GUGUCUUCGCCCAGCCUUACCCCAGUGACGGUGCAGAUGGUGAUCAACGGAUCUGCGGUUGAAAUGGAACUAGACACAGGAGCAGCGGUAACUGUAAUGUCUGCUAAACAGUUUCACCAGUCUUUUCCGUCUGUGAAACUGACGCCAACUGUAGUCAGGCUUCGCACCUACACGGGAGCCCUGGUUCGACUUCAAGGCGUUGCGACAGUCAAUGUGCAACAUGGUGAGGCGUCAGUACAGCUGCCACUGUACGUCGUCGAUGGAGCCGGGCCGCCACUACUGGGCCGGGAGUGGCUUCGAACGAUACGACUCGACUGGAACAAGAUCUGGGAGCUGAAUCACAUCUCAAGCCUGAACUUCGCUAUCUAGGUCACAGGAUCAGCGCUGACGGCAUCUCGACGUCGUCUGACAAGGUGGAGGCGGUGCUCCAGGCUCCCGAGCCCAAGACAAAGCAGCAGCUCCAGUCUUUUU